ACCCUAGGGUGAGGCGAGUUACUUGUACAUGGAGAGAGAGAUAGUUUGUUUAAGUGAAGAUAGGAGAGGGGGCAUGGUGAGUAAACGCGUGGGGAAUGAAGCGGGGGAAACAGCCAGCGGCCACCCCAAGAGUGAGCUACCAAGCAGUGGAAUAGAUGCUGAGGGUAGUGAACCCCUCUGUAAUGGAAAAGACUCAGAGAUGACUCUGCCAGUGAAUAAUCUCGUCACCAAUGGUGCUGCCGACGUGCUUACAAAUGGCGUGAUGGAGAUCACUCCUAUUCCAAACACGCUUGAAAUUAAGAUUCAAGUGCCUGGAAAUGACACCAUUAGCUUACAAGUAUCUUCUGAGGAGAUGGUUCAGGAGAUCAUCCAGAUUCUGAUGGAACGUGAGGACACAUGUCAUCGGACCUGCUUCUCACUUCAGCACGAUGGCAACAUUCUGGAUAACUUUGCGGGGUUGGCAAGUAUAGAAGGACUGAAGGAUGGAUCAGUUCUCCGAGUGGUAGAAGAACCAUAUACAGUCCGAGAGGUUAAGGUUCACAUCCGCCACAUCCGGGAUCUGUUGAAGUGUCUGGACCCUGUUGACGCCUAUAAUGGCAUUGAGUGUAACUCCUCUUCUUUUUUAACCAUUAUCUCUGAGGGAGAUAUUGCAGAUAUAUCUACAACUGGAAAACGGAAAAGACGUUCUGGUUCAGAUCAGUCACUUGAGACUAUCGACUGCUAUCCUCCGGAAUAUAUCUUGCCAGGAUCUAAAGACCGGCCCCUCUCAUUCCUACAGCCACUAACUGCGGAUAGCAAGUCCCUGCAGUGUUUGAAGUGUCUGGUGGUGAGUGGGUGGAAUCCACCUCCAGGUAACCGUAAGCUACGUGGGGAUCUGAUGUACUUUAAUGUUAUCACCAUGGAGGAUCGUCACGUCAGCAUCACUGCAUCCACACGUGGAUUCUACAUCAACCAGUCAACUGCAGAUAUGUUUAAUCCAAAACCAGGCAGUCCCAGCCUGCUAUGUCAUUCACUGUUGGACCUUCUCAAUCAAAUUAGCCCGAUAUUCAAGAAGAAUUUUGCAGUAUUGCAGAAGAAAAGGGUGAGUUGCCAUCCAUUGGAGAGGGUUGCCACACCAUUCCUAAGUUACAGUUGGACCAUCCCACACAAACAGCACACCAUUGAUUGUGUGAGGGCUGAGGAUGCAUAUACCUCCCGACUAGGGUUUGAGGAACAUAUUACUGGGCAGCCCCGGGACUGGAAUGAGGAGCUGCAGACAGCACGGGAGAUGCCCUGUCAAGAUAUGAUGCAGCGGAUAUUGAGGAAGCAGACCAUCUUUAAGGUGAACAGUGAUUUUGUUGCAGCCGCCACCCGUGGUGCAAUGGCAAUUGUCGAUGGGAAUAUCCUGGCCGUCAACCCAGGUGAUGAUACCAAAAUGCAGAUGUUCAUCUGGAACAACAUUUUCUUCAGCUUUGGAUUCGACAUCAGGGACAACUACAAAGAAUCUGGGGGGGAUCAUGCUGCUUAUGUUGCAUCCAGCAAUGACUUGAAAGGGAUCCAAGCUUAUAGUAACUUGGAUGUGGCAGGUCUGCAUGUAUUGGGGACUGUAAUAGUGGACUACCGGGGCUAUCGGAUAAUUGCACAAUCCAUUAUCCCUGGAAUCCUGGAACAGGAGCAAGAUCAGAACGUGGUUUAUGGAUUGAUAGAUUUUGGGAAGACUGUUAUUUCUAAUCAUGAGUACAUCAACCUAUUGCUUCAAACCUCCAGACCCCUUCGGAUUCAGAAGCACCUGGUCCUGAAUGAUUUAGAACAGCCCAUCCUCUUGUGCUCUUCAGUGGAUUGCAAAGGGAUUGUUGGCAAUGAUGGGAGACGUUACAUUCUGGAUCUUUUCCGCACAUUCCCCUCAGAUUUGAACUUCCUGCCAAUGAUUGGUGAAGAGUUACAUGAGGAAUGUCAAAGAUUAGGAUACCCAAAGGAAUAUCGGCAUAAGUUGUGCUGUCUACGGCCGGAGCUAGUGGAGAAUUUCAUCCAACAUAAGCACACACAGUUUACAAAACUCUUGAAGGAGAAAAUGCGUAGAAGUGACAGAAGAAAAAGUUUAAUGGAGGAUGGAGAGAGUGCAACAGAAAAUUAUGAUCAUUUCAGAGGUAUUGACGAAAUGAAGGCAGUAUGUCAGGAGGUGGGCUCUGUCAGUGACACCAUCUUUGACAUUCGUUUCAAUCCAAAUGUUUAUUCAUCAGUUGUAAGAUUUCAUGAAUCUGAACAAGAGGCUCUGCAACUUCAGAAGCGAUUGAUGAAGGAAAUUGCAGCUUUUCUUUUGACUGUACAAAUUCCCAGCUUUAUCAAAGACUGUGUAAAUCAUGUCACUGUGCCUGUUGAUGGCAGAACAUUGACAGAUGGGCUGCACAAAUGUGGAAUUAAUAUUCGAUACAUUGGUAAAAUAGCACAGCUGAUAAACCACUCAGAAGACAAACAAUAUCUGGACCAUAUCUCUAGGCUACUAAUCAGUGAAAUCAUCACUCGGGCAGCAAAGCACAUUAUAGUCCUCUACCUGCAGGUUGUGGAGAUAUCAGCAUGCUCAUCUGCCAUCAGUCACUUUCUGAACUGUUUUCUGAGCUCCUACCCCAAUCCUGUUGCACAUCUGCUUCCAGAUGAACUUGUGUCACGCAGGAAAAAGAAUAAGCGAAAGAUGCGGAUUCCUGGAAGUGACACAGCAUGGGCGAACCUGACUCCUACUGAGCUGUGGAAACAGAUUAACAAUGAAGCUAAUGAAAGCUUUGAUUAUGCGUUGGCUUGUGAUGGGAUUGAUCAGGCGGUGGAGCGGUUUGGUCUGCAGAAGAUAUCCUUGCUGCGUGAGUUUUGUAUAAAAGCUGGAAUUCAGAUUCUUCUGCGAGAAUAUAACUUUGACAGUCGUCACAAGCCCACCUUCACAGAGGAUGACAUUCUUAACUCCUUCCCUGUGAUCAAGCACAUCGUCGUGAAGGCAACAGAUGCUGACCAGGUUUAUAGGAAUGCACAAACUUCAAUUCAGAAAGGAAACAUUAAGGAAGGUCUUGAAUUGCUCACUGAAUCUUUAAACCUAUUCAACAACGUAUAUGGAGCCUUAAACCCUGAUAUCUGUGGUUGUUUAAGCCUUCUGGCACAGGUCAAUUACAUCAUGGAUAACAUCCCUGAGGCUAUAAGCAACCAGCAGAAAGCUGUAAUAGUGAGUGAGCGGAUCCUUGGCUUUGAUCAUCCCAAUACCAUCCAUGAAUAUGCCCGCCUAGGUCUCUACUGCUUUGCAAACAACCAGAUUUCAGUAGCCCUGAGGCUGCUGUAUCGCGCUCUCUACUUGAUGCUCAUAGUCACUGGUGAAGACCACCCGGAAAUAGCUGUUCUUGAUAGCAACAUCGGCCUCAUGCUCCAAGCUGCACUGGAUUGUGAUCUUGCAAUGCGAUUUUUGCAGAAAGCUCUGGAAUUAAAGCUCAAGUAUUAUGGGGCUCAGGCUCUGGAGACUGCUCUAAGCUAUCAUCUCGUGGCACAAGUCUAUGCUAGCAAGGCAGAAUUUCGAAAUGCUGUGCAACAUGAGAAGGAGGCCUACAACAUCUACAGGACUCAGCUUGGGGAAACUCAUCAUAAGACAAAAGGAAGCUCUGAGUUCCUGAAACAUGUUACUCAGCAGGCAGUGAACCUACAAAGAACCAUGAAUGAGAUCUACAAGAAUGGAUCAAAUGCCGGCCUUCCUCCAGUACAGACUACAUCCUUGAGUAACAAGAUGAUACUACAACAGCUCAACAUGAUCAAUGGGAUUGUGCUAACUGACACAAGCAGGAAAUCUGCCCUACAAAGUGCAACAAAUCGAAUGCGUAAACUACUCCAGGCAGAAAUCCAAGCUUCUCAGAGACUGACCAAAGCGCUCACUAACAUUGGGAUAGAGGAUCUGAUAUCAGUCAAUGGAACUACUGCCCCAGGUGAAAUCACGAAUGGUGCAGAGAACCUUGCUGAAGAAAAGAUGAUUAAUAGAAAAACAGAGCCUGACUGUAUUCCAUCAGGGAGUUCCGCAUAACUCUGUUUGCCAGCACUUGACAAGGAGACGGAUUAAACUCCUUUCUAAUUACAUGAAGCUGACACUAAUUCCAACUUCUCAACAAACAAAGACUCCUUCAUAUCCCAGACGUGGCUGCAGGGGGUCCCCAAUCUGCAAGUGUGACAUCCAUAUCAGCAGAUGUACUUAGGGUUUAUCAUAAUGUUGGGAUUAGGUUGUGUAAUUGUCGAAUUACAGAUUUUUCCCCAUUACUGGAAGUUAAAACCAAUUUAAUAAUUAUCAGAUUGAACUAGGAUUGCACCCCUGCUGAUUUGCAUUAGAUGUAGUUUUGUGCAAUCAUUUGGUGACAAGUCCUUAUCUACCCACUAGCCAAUGUAUACAUUGGCUGCAUGGCUGUGAAACACUGACGAACAAAUGUGUAGAGUACUUUCUCCUUCACGUACCCCAAUUUAUGCUUUUAAUAUAGUUGGUGCCUCUCACUGUCACACUUUGUGGCCUGGACCAGUAGUUAUAUUGUUCUCAGAUAUAUGCUUUAUUUUUGUUUGUAUCACACUACCAUUCCAUGAUAAGCUUAUAGCAACAGGAUGGUGUGUGUUGGGGGUGGGAGGAUAUGAUUUGAUUUUUCCCAAAAUUACCAGUUGUGAGCAACUUGUAAUUACGGAAAAAAAGGUCAAAUUCAGUACUAAACCCUCCAUAUGACAGGCUAAACAAGUUGGUUCCUUUUUAUCUUUAAUCUCAAAUGUUUUCUUCUAAAAUUGAAGCUCUGAAAGCUUUUCAAGGUCACACACCGCAAUACUAAUGAUUUUGGUAAACUCCUGGUGGGUGUGGUAGACCAGUUCUGACAGAUCAGUUUUGCGCUUCACCUUGGAUUAAGUGGGAAGUUGAUCAGCAGUUUCUUAAUGAACAGUAGCAGAUUGACAAAUCCAAGUUGUCUUCCUUUAAUUUCAAGAUUAGUUGUCAACUGCUUGCAUCUGAACAUAAGUUCAGAACUUUCAUCAACUCUCCCAGGUACUCUUCUCUAGCUGCACUUUCAGUUCUCAUAAGCUCAAGGUAUUUACAAACCCAAAGCUACAUUUAAAAAAAAAUCUUUUUAUUUGAAUGAUGUUGUUCUGUUCUAUUCUUGGAUUCAAAUUAAAAAUCAUAAAAUUAUUGUUUUAAGGGUUAUAGGUGAAUAGAUUUUAUUUUUGCUUUAAGUGUAAUUCAUGAAUUAGGUGAAUGUUUAUGUGAUCAUCAUUUAAAUGAUCAUUCACUGUCGGAUGAUUUUAAGUUUUAAUGAAUGUAUACUAUGAUCAGGUCCUUCAAUAAUAAAACAUGGACACCA